CUCUGACAAAAAAAAAAGAAAAAAAUACAAAAAGAAAACAAUUCUAUAAAACAACGGUAAAAGUUUAGUAAAUAUGUCACAACAUAAAGUGAUCGAACAUAUUGCAAAAAACGUUUUGCAAUAAGUAAAUCUAGAUUGUGAUAUAAAGAUUUGUGAAGACAGGAGCUUCGCAGUCAUCUCGCAUUGUGCAUUAAGAACAAGAGGGGCUAACAAAUAUAUAGUUUUCGCCAUGAAAAGCGUUAUACAUGAAGUACAAAAUAAAUACUCAUUUUUAGAUAAUUUAUUAACAAACUUUUGGAAGUCAUGGAUCAAAUCGAAUUUAACAUUUAAAUUGCAAUUAAAAAACAUUAAAUGGAAGAACGAAAAAGCAAAGCCUGGCUGUGCUUACAAGCCAACUGAGAUAGAGCAAUUGGCCAAUGUUAUAACACAUGGCAUUUGGAUAAUACCGGCGUUGCUGUGUCAAUAUAAACUUUUUGAACGUUCUAAGUCAUCUAGUCAGUAUUUGGUGUCCUGGGUAUAUGGCAGUGCUCUCACCUUACUUUUUACUGUUUCAUCUUGUUUUCAUUGUACAUGUUAUUGUACCGACCACGAUGGAAUUAAAAAUGUCUUACAUCGAUGUGAUCGAGCAAUGAUAUACAUUUUUAUAGCGGCUUCAUAUUUUCCAUGGCUGAUGUUGGAAAAUCCGGAUCACUCUGUCGUUCUGAGUUCCAUGGAAUGGAUUAUUUGGUUAAUGGCAGCCAGCGGCAUCGCCUAUCAACAGAUAUUUCAUGAGCGCUUCAAGUGUUUAGAAACAUGCUUCUAUAUUUUGAUGGGAUUGGGUCCGGCACUAGUAGUUUUUUGCACUGGCCAUGAAUUUCGUGGCAUGACCGAACUAAAGAUGGGAGGCUUUUUCUACAUACUAGGAAUAUGUUUUUUUAAAUCGGAUGGUGUCAUACCCAUGGCUCAUGCCAUAUGGCAUUUGUUUGUAAUUAUGGCGUCGGGUUUACACUACUAUGCCAUAUUGGUUAACUUGUACCCAGCCACAUUAGACUCUUCGAUUGUAGCGAAUGAUCAAAUCUUGUAGUGCUAAAUGUUACUUAAUUUAUGGUGAUGUAUUUGUUUUAAUUUAUUUGAGGGGGACGUUUAAUUUAAGAUCACGAAAACAUUACAUAUUAUUAGAAGUUUUUAUUUUUAAACCGAAUUUAUUAUUUAUCGAAUAUUUGUUAUUAUUUUUGUUUUUACCAUGUCUUCAAAUUUGGCUUCCGUUUAAUAUGAAUCAAACAAGAGACGCAGGGAGGGAGGAAGUACAUAUAUGUAUAUAUAAAUAUAUAAUAUGCAUGUAAGUACAUAUAUUGUAUAUGGCACAACUAUUUAUUAAAACAGAACCUCUGUAACUUCCACUAAAAAUUAUAUUUUUAAGCGUGUUUAUCUGCAACCAGUUGGUGCAGUGUACCACCUACUUAUGUACGUACUACAAGCAAAAUAUGCAAGUAUAUUUUUUAUACGAAAUGUUGACCUUAUUGAUAAAUAAGAAAACACCCUGCAUUGUGUAAAGUGUGUGAUUUAUUAUAUAUAUUUACCUCCUAUAACGAAUAACCAUAACCACCAAUUUUCCAAAGUAAAGAAACAGACAAAUUUUUAGUGUUCAAUAGAGAAAAUUCCAAAUUCAAUUUUAAACGUAGGAUGGUUUAAUCUCUAAGUAAAAAAUUAGUAAAUUCUAGUUUUAUUUCUAGUACGUAAUACAUACAAAGAAAUAUUUUAUUGCCAAAAUGUUGAAAUAAAAAUGAAAAAUAUAAUAUAAUUACAAACAAA